GCUUGCUUCUUCUUGCCCUCUUCCUGCAGACAGACACUCACCCCGCGACCCACCCACGGGAUUGAUUCCUCUUGCAACUUGGAAUCUUGCACCACUAUCCCAGCAGCAGCCACUACCUACCUAGCUAACCAACCAAACCACCCAGCCGGUCGGCGCCAGAUUGUCUCACCAGAGUCACCACACACGUACCCUCCGUCCAGUGUCCACCCCCAAAGGCCUAAGGUAACUAAGAGAGGGGGCGGAAUUUGCGGGGUUCCUCCAGCAGAGCGAGCGAACGAGCGUCUUUGCACGCCAACCUUGAACCUCCACCGACAAAUCACGACCCCAGAGCGACCUCUCUCCUGCCUUACCUGUGCAUUAUCUACCGCACCCAAAAACACCAACAGCAAUCUUUACUCCUCGCCCCGCCUCGCCUCGCCUCGCUUCACCUCACAGGCUCACCUAAACCUCACCUCACCUCGCAUCCCUUCUGCCACAUCCUCUUCGACUUCGAACUCGCCCAUCAUCAAUCACUCUGGCUUCGACUCGUUGACUCCUACCUCCAUCACCCCUAAUCCGAUUCGCCAUCACCGCAUUCGGCAACAACAAUAA